GAUACACUGCUGCAGUACAGAGGAGGCCGGAGGAGGAACUCCAAGCUAGAGGAUGCGCGGGCCUCAACGUUCAGUGGCGGCACGCCACACGUUUCAUCUCCUAGCUAGCUUGUUGUACUGCAUCUGUAAUAUACUCCUUAUAUUCCUUCAUUUUUCAGCCUCGAUCAGCUCUCCUGGGGUUGGUUGGUUGGUUGGGUUAUAUAUCUACCAAAGCAUGCAUAUCCCUUCCUUCUUCCACUGUGUUCCUAAUUCCUUCCCUGCAAUUAUUGGUUGCUGCUUCACUUGAUCUUAUUGGCAACCAGCUAGCUAAGCUUAUACACACCCACGGCCAGACCUGAACCUUCUACCUACUACCGCACAAAAACAACAAGCUACCUAGCUCUCUAACAACAAUCUCAUUUGCAUGAAUCGCAGGAGAUCGAUAGUAGCUACUAGUUAGCAAGUUCAUAUAUAGAUCGAUCUAUGAUCGAUGCUAGCUAGCUAAUAGUAUCAUCGAUCGGGAAAACAGACACAAAUUAGAGCUAGCUAGAGCCCCCGCCGGCCGGGUCGACGUACUGCUGCUAAUCAAUAGCCAGAAUACACAUGCGAGAUAUACAGUCGGGAGGAAGGAGAACCCCCCUCCAGCUGGGUUUGAUUUUCUUGACCUAGAAAAACUAGGGGAUCGAGGCCCCCCUAAGUAGCACAAGACGUGGGAAUUGAUUAAGGCGCAUGCAGGCAGGGCGGAGUUAAUAAUUAAUGGAGGAGCACGACUACGACUCCAACUCGAACCCGCCGUUGAUGAGCACGUACAAGCACCUGUUCGUGGAGCAGCACCGCCUGGACAUGGACAUGGGCGCCAUCGACGUCGACGAGUGCGAGCUCCCUGUGAUCGACCUCGCGGGGCUCAUGGAGGCGGAGCAGGUGUGCCGCGCAGACAUGGUGCGUGCGGCGUCGGAAUGGGGCUUCUUCCAGGUGACCAACCACGGCGUGCCGCAGGCGCUGCUGCGCGAGCUGCACGACGCACAGGUGGCCGUGUUCCGGCGGCCCUUCCAGGAGAAGGUGACCGAGAGGCUGCUCGGCUUCUCGCCGGAGAGCUACCGGUGGGGAACGCCGACGGCCAAGUGCCUGGAGCAGCUGUCGUGGUCGGAGGCCUAUCACAUCCCAAUGACGACGCCCAGGCCCAGCACGAGCAUCAGGGCCAGGGCGGUGAUCGAGGAGGUGUCGAGGGCGAUGUACGAGCUGGCGCAGAAGCUGGCAGAGAUCCUGAUGAGAGGGCUGCCGGGCGCCGGCGAGGGCGAGACGAUGGUGACGACGCGGGAGGAGACGUGCUUCCUGCGGCUGAACCGGUACCCACCGUGCGCCAUGGCCAUGGGGGGCUUCGGGCUGUGCCCGCACACGGACAGCGACUUGCUCACCAUCGUGCACCAGCAGCAGGACACCGUCGGCGGCCUCCAGCUGCUCAAGGGCGGCAGGUGGGUGGCCGUGAAGCCCAGCCCCAGCACCCUCAUCGUCAACGUCGGCGACCUCCUGCAGGCGUGGAGCAACGAUGUGUACAAGAGCGUGGAGCACAGGGUGAUGGCCAACGCCACGCUGGAGCGCUUCUCCAUGGCCUUCUUCCUCUGCCCCUCCUACCACACGCUCAUCAUCCCAAGCAGCAGCCAUGUCCACGACGACGAUGCCCAUUACCGGAGCUUCACCUUCGGCGAGUACAGGAAGCAGAUCAUGGAGGACGUCAGGAGCACAGGCCGCAAGAUUGGACUGCACCGCUUUCGAACCCGAUAGAUAGAUCCACCUGACCUACAUACCCGCCCUACUCCUACUAUAUAUAUCAAAUCACCACUGCUAUAAUGCAUUAUACUCGAUCCACUAUGCAUUUUUCAUCGCCACAAUAUGCAUGUACCUAGCCAAUAAUUAAUUAAGCUGCACUUUGCUUACUUAUUGCUAGCUUGCUACUGCAUCGAUCUAUAUGCAUGUACACACAUUUCAUUGCCUUAGCAGUGUAUGUAUAUGCAUUAUUUUUUCCUUAUUUGCCCUUAGCUUGCAGAUUUCAUAGCAGCUAAUAUAUAUCCGUCGGAAUUAUUUGAACAUUCAUUGUGACUUUUCUUUUCAAUGUGUACGUGGCUCCAAAAUGAUCAUAGUUUAAACAAGCACAUACAUGUAUAUAUUUGAACACUGGAGGUUCUUCUGAAUCGGAGUAUUUGGUGACA